UUUCGCGGGCGCUUCAAUCGCAGUAGCCAUCAGCGACUGUCGCUCUUCGUCGUGGACAAACUUUGCCGCCUGACAGCGCGUUGUUUUGGGCAAUAAGAUGUUUUAUCACAUCUCCCUGGACCAUGAAAUCCUGCUGCACCCGCGGUACUUCGGGCCGCAGCUGGUCGAGACUGUGAAGCAGAAGCUGUACGCUGAAGUCGAGGGAACGUGCACGGGGAAGUACGGCUUUGUCGUGGCCGUGACAACCAUCGACAACAUCGGGGGCGGCCUGAUCCAGCCUGGCAGGGGAUUUGUCGUGUAUCCCGUUCGGUACAAGGCCAUCGUCUUCAGGCCCUUCAAGGGAGAAGUGCUUGAUGCUGUAGUCACACAAGUUAAUAAGGUUGGCCUGUUCACUGAGAUUGGACCGCUUUCCUGUUUCAUCUCAAGACAUUCCAUCCCGUCAGACAUGCAGUUUGACCCGAACUCCAACCCGCCGUGCUACAGGACACAAGACGAGGACAUCAUCAUCCAGCAAGACGAUGAGAUCAGGCUAAAGAUUGUGGGCACCAGAGUGGAUGCAUCAGACAUUUUUGCCAUUGGCACGCUCAUGGAUGACUACCUUGGUCUGAGCUGAACCUGCAGCCCGGUGCUCUUCAUAUCUCAUCAUAGUCACCUACCUGUCAUAGCUACAACCUCUGCGAAGAAGUACAGAAGUGUCAUUGUGUGCAAAUUGUACACAUUAUUUGGUGGAGACUGCAAAUCUUGGUUCACAUUCAGGUGCACUUAAAAUGAUAAGGGAAAUCAUGUGUCAAGGGUUAUUCUUUUCUCGAUUUACAUUCCUUGGUUGUCCGAAAAAUGGCUCCAUGGCUUGGCUCAGCUGUUUCUCAAAAGCAAUGCUUGUGUGUAAGUAAGGGUGGAAUGUGAAUUUUGUUUUCGGAUAUUCCUGGUGUUAAAUUUUUAAUUAAGCCCUGUUGUACAGAAAGUAAAAUAAAUUUUUAUCUUGUUGACUCCA